UACUUUGCCUUUUCUCGCACUUUCUGACUUCCCUCCUCUACCUAUGACCGAUUGUCUUUCAGCGGCUGCUUCUGUAUUUUACAUCUGUGAUUAUAAUUAUCUGCCACUUUUCUUUCCUGUGUUGCUGUGAGGUUCAACUUGUUGUAGCUCAGUUAUAACAGAUACUUUUGUUGGAGUUUAAAGUCGGUCUUUUCAACACGGUGACGUCUCACAGGCAGCAGCCGACAUCCGCCCGUUAAAGAUUGGGGUGGCUGACAAGAAAACUGUCCCAAUUCAUUGAUAUACAUCAGGACCGGCAUAUUGAUGGUCAAUGAGAGGACCGAAGAGACUGACCAUGCUGCUGCUGAGAGCAAGAGGAAGGAAGUGAGAUGAGCCAAGAUGGCCUAAAGAACCAAGAGGUUGCGUAAAUCAUCCGCUGGAGAGGUGUGGGCUGCAUGCGAGACCUUUGAGACAACAUUGAUCAGUUCAGUUCACUGAGAGGAACUCUACUUGUUUCAUCAGUGAAUGUCUGAGCAUAGCCUGUGAUGAAAACUGCCAGCAGCGUACAAAACCAAAGCACACGCUCGAGGACCUUACAUCCUGCUAACCUGACAGAAAAACCUUGACUUUUUCUUUGAAGAACCCAAGACAACCUGAGAGGUUUGUUAAUCAGCGGCAACCAUGAACGGCCUGACUGAACUGUCCGUGAAGUGUGUUCUGGUUGGGGACUGCGCGGUUGGCAAGACGGCUCUACUGGUCCGCUUCACCUCCGAGACUUUCCCAGAUUCGUACAAGCCCACCGUGUUUGAAAACACGGGUGUUGAGGUGUACAUGGACGGGGUCCAGAUCAGCCUCGGACUGUGGGACACGGCGGGCAACGACAACUUCAAGCAGAUCCGGCCGAGAUCGUACCAGCAGGCCGAUGUCGUCCUUAUGUGCUACUCAGUGGCCAACCCCAACUCCCUGGCCAGCAUCCAGCGCAAGUGGAUCGCCGAGGUCCGAGAGAACCUGCCCAGGGUGCCAGUGCUGGUGGUAGCCACUCAGACGGACCUGAGGGAGGUGGGAGUUCAUCGGGGCAGCUGUAUCUCGCCGGCGGAGGGGAAACGUGUGGCCCAUGAGGUGCACGCCAAGGGCUACCUGGAAUGCUCUUCCUUGAGUAACCGCGGCGUACAGCAGGUGUUUGAGUACGCUGUGAGGACAGUUUUUAACAAGCACAAGAAACGGGAAAGGCGACGCAUGUUCAGCAUGAACCAGUGCAAAGUGUUUUGACCUUUGACUUUGAUCUUGUUGCCGUUUUUUUUUUUUUUUUUUUUUCAGAUAUGCUGUUCAAACUCAGUCAGCCAUGACGAGAUGUAAGGACCCAAACAUGACUUUCUGACAUACUAGGCUGUACUUCACUAAUACCCCCCACACCCAAAUAUCAAACAUAUUUAAACUGAGAACACUGAAAAAAAUUUUUACGUCACUGACCGAGAAACCAGCAUGUGGGGUGGACACUGUUCUGCAGGGAUCAAGUCAUAAAUGUUUGUUCUUGCAGUAUGUUAAACAGAACAUUGUUUUUUGUAUUUAAGGAGAAAAUGUUGUUUUUGUCUCAGUCUAGGAUUUACUUUAGCAAGUGAUCUUUUUUUAUUGAAAUUUUAAAGAAAUAUGCUUCUCUACUACCACAAAUACAUUAAUGCAGCAUUUUUUGGAUAUGGUUUCCUGAAGCCGGAACAAUGUCAUUCCAGAUAUUUCUAAAUCAGGUUUACUGAAAUUCAAGGUCCCAUUACUUUGUGAUUGUGUGAGCUUUGUUCAGUCAGAAAUAAUUUAAAAUGUUGGAAGUAGAUUUUAGCUAAGAAAGCAAAAUGAACCUUUUUGGGAGUACGUUUUAUAAUUUUAUUUCUAGAGAAAUGUUUUGUUCAGGUGUCCUAAAAAUAAAAUGUUUUUCAUAGAUACACCAAAAAUUAAUCAGAUUUUUGGCAGACUCAGGUUUAAAGUAAUAUUUUGUUUUUUCGAACAUGUUACGUCUGAAUCGAAGCAAUUACAUCGUUUUGAAGUGGCCUAGUCAGAGUUCUGAUUUAUCCUCAGAAUCUGAGGGGGAGCUAAAGAUUAGGGUGAUGGCAAAGAGGCCCAACGACCUCAGAGAUCAGGAGCUUAAAACUAGAGAUAAUUCAUCAAAAUACCAGAGGAGACAUGCAAAGAGCUGGUUAGCAAUUAUAAAAAGGAUAUUACUGCUUAAUAAAAGUAGUUUAAAAAAAAAGUAAUAUCUAUAAUUUACAGCACACCAUUUUUAAAUAAAAUAUUAAAACUGGUGAACAAUUUUUUGUAUUUAUACUCCUUUUCCAUGAUUUUGUUAUCUUUUGAGAAAUGUCCGUCUCAUUUCCGAUCAUUGACAAACUUCUCUGUUGAAGGAAAAUAAUGUUAAAUCUAACCAUGGCAGAGGUGCUAAUAUUUUUGAGCUGUAAAUCAAAAAUAUUAUGUUUUAAAAAACAAUAAUUUUAUGUACUUCUGAACCAGCUAAAGAAUAAAGGGGGAAAAAAGUGUUUCUUUUUAGAAAUAUUUAUCUAUUCAGUUAUUUUUGAAAAUGACAUGAAAAACCACAAGCAUAAGAUUUGUGAUAUAUUUAAUUUUCUUUCUACUGUUCAAAAUUCUUCCUGUCUUCAUGAAACAAGUGACAAGCGAAAACUUGUCACUAAGAUUUGAGUAAAUGCCUGAACUGAUGUUCCUGCUAUACAUUGCAAUAAUUCCAAUGCACAAGAAUGAAAAGAAAAUAAUUUGUGGGUUUUCUGUGAAGUCUCUGUGUCUUGCUUGGUUUUGUUGGAUGUUCUUGGAUUGAAUUUCAACAUGUAGGAACCAAACACUGUAAGAUGUUAAAUUCAAAUCCUUAUUGUAAACACUUGGUUCAGUAUUUUCUUGCACCAACAUUUUUUAUGAUAUGAAUUUAUUUGUGGUGCAAGUCUUUAACAUAUGAAUAUAACAUGCAUUGUGGGAUUUUAAGUGGUUUUAUCAUCUUUAAAUAAAACUUGUGUUGUUCUGAAUUAGGGCUACAAAUAUGUUUUAUG